AUGGGCCAUCGUCUCAGCAACGGAGAAAUGAGGCGGGGCAUCUUUAUAAAACACAUCUCUGAGUGCAGUCCAGCAGCCAGAAACAACACGCUGACACCCGGAGAUCAGAUAUUACAGGUUGGAGGUGUGGAUGUGAGUGAUUUCACGCAUAAAGAAGCAGUAGAUGUGAUUCGCCAGGCAGGGGACAAAGUGGAACUGGUAGUGCAGAGCCCACAGGUCCAGGUUUCAGACCUUGUCACAAGCAUUGAGGAACAAUCAGUGCAACACAAUCACUUGAUGUGUGAAGAUGCCAGCAGUCUAUGCCUCUCCUCAUCCAAUCCCCUCAGUCCCAUCCCAUAUAAGCUUACAGGGAACAGUUUGUUGAAAAAGCCUACACUACACCCACCUCCACCUCCCUUAAGGGUCCCCUCAGGGCCUGUCAGCCUGUUAACAGAUGGAGGCAAAAAUGUUUUAGAAAGACUGAGUGGGCCAUCAGAGGGUACACAACACUGCCGACAGGGACAAGUGUCACACUGGGGUGCUAUGCUGAAGAAGUAUGGUAGUUUGCCUGGUGAGCUGAAAUUAGUCGAGCUGGACUGUAGCACACACAGAUCUGGUCUGGGAGUGUGUGUGUCAGGAAGCAGAAAUGGAAGAAUUACAGUCUCAGAGCUAAAACCAGACGGAGCAGCCGCUGCUGAUGGGCAAAUCAGCGUGGGAGAUGAGCUGUUGGAAGUGAGGGCCAUAACCUCUAGCUUAACUGUAGGUUUUACAGCUUACUAG